CCCACGUAUAGCCGCCGGCAAUCUCGGUAAUCUCAAUAAAGUAAAUGGAGUUAAAAAGAAGGCGGUUUCCAAGUGUGAGCCCUGAAAAAAUCUAUAGAACAGCACAAAUUCAUUUCAUUCAACCACGGAAAUGCUGUAUCAGAUAAAGGACUAAGAGAACUUCUGCUUUCCUUAGCAAGAGUAUCAAUGGAUUAAGAGUUCACUUUCUUUCAUCCGUCUGUGUGUUUAUGGGACAUACAUGAGAGAAAAUGUUGGCCUGCAUAAUUUUAUUUUCUUCACUCAUUGUUGCUACGGGGACUCAGACCAUCCAGCCCCUACAGUCAUCACCCAAGGGAUCCUGUGAGAAACUUUGUACUUGCAAAGAAAAAGACGGCAUCUUGCACAUGAACUGCGAGGAUAGAAAUAUAACCAAAAUAACAGAAAUACAGUUGCCUUCAGCCUUACCUUUCCAUCUUAAUCUGUACAAAAAUGAUUUAGUGGAGUUGCAAGCAGAGGAGCUGAAAAGUUUCAGGAAUGCUGUCUCUCUUCAUCUAGGAUCUAACAGUAUACAACAGCUUGAACCUGGAGUUUUCAGUGCACUUAGCUCUCUUAAGAGGCUGCACAUUAACAGCAAUUUUCUAGUGACCUUAAAAGAGGACACUUUUCAAGGCUUGGUGAACCUGGAGUACCUACAAGCAGACACAAACUUCAUCCACAUUGUUGAACCCGGGGCAUUCAGCAAGCUAAUUCGCCUCAAAGUGUUGAUACUGAAUGACAACUCCAUUGAAUUCCUUCCCACCAACAUUUUCCGGUUUGUGCCGCUGACCCACUUGGAUCUGCGUGGAAAUCAGUUGCAGUCACUGCCUUACAUGGGCUUUCUUGAGCACCUUGGACGGAUCAAGGAGUUUUUGCUGGAGGACAAUGACUGGGUGUGCGAUUGUGAAAUAUUACCUCUGAAAAUCUGGAUGGAGAACAUGAGUGGACAAUCUUCUAUUAGCGAGGUUGUUUGCAGCAGUCCUCCCCACCUCAAAGACAGUCUGCUAAGCAAAGUGAAGCGGGAAGUGCUUUGCCCCUCUUACUCAGAGGCAGAUUUAGAGGGGCCUUCAAAGUCACUGCUGGAAACUAUGUCUUCUAAACCUGGACAAGUUCCAAAAGUAACGGAUGCCAACGAUGAUGCAAAGAUCCCAGGUCUGGACCAUAAGCCAGGAGUUGCCUUCUGCAGUGACCGAUGCUCCUGUCACAUUCAUCCAACUGCAGGUUUCUUAAUCCACUGUCAAGACAGAGCGAUCAGAAAAAUAUCAGAUCUUGGAUUGCUCCAGCAAAGCCCCACAAAGCUCGUACUGACUGGAAACAUGGUUCAGAGACUUUUUCAGUUCGACUUUGUUGCAUUUGAAGGUUUGGAAUUGCUGAAUUUGGCAAAUAACCAAAUUGAUUACAUUGAUGAUGACACUUUCCUUAGUUUAGGCCAGUUGAAAAAGCUUCAUCUGAAUGGCAAUAGACUGGAAAAGAUUUCCCCGGGCAUGUUUGUUGGACUCCACAGCGUUGAGUAUCUGUAUUUGGAAUAUAAUGUCAUCAAAGAUAUUCAGCCCGGAACAUUUGACACCAUGCCAAAUCUCAAACUCCUGUGUUUAAAUAACAAUCUUCUUCAAACUUUACCAUCACAGGUAUUUCGCAAUGUGCCACUGGCCAGGUUGAAUCUGAGGAAUAAUUUAUUCAUGCACCUCCCUGUGAGCAGUGUUCUAGACCAGCUGCAUUCUCUGGAGCAGAUCCAUUUGGAAGACAAUCCUUGGGACUGCAGUUGUGACUUGGUUGCUCUUAAACAAUGGGUUGAGAAACUUGGGAAAGAUACUGUUGUGGGUACGGUUUUAUGUCAGACACCCAGAAAUAUUGCCAAAGUGGAACUUAGAACAUUGAGACUUGAUAUAAUGUGCUCUGGGUUAGCAAUGUUGCUUCCCCUUCCGACAAAAGAGGGAGUCGAAGGUACGGCAACCACGGCUACUACUGAGAGAAGCCCAGAGGGCUUCUUCCAGUUACUCACCAACACAGUCCCUCUUUCGGUUCUGAUCCUCAGCCUGCUGAUCAUUUUCAUCGUCACCAUUUUCUGCGCUGCGGGAACGGCUGUCUUCAUCCUGCACCGCCGGCGGGGGUCCGUCAAAAAACAGGCUGACAAUCAGCCAAGGGAGAACGGCAACAUCCACCUGCAGUACAGCGUUUACGGCCAGAAGACCACGCAUCAUGUGGCUCAGAGGCCCAAUGCAAGCGCGUGCGGUGAACCUGUGCAGAGUCAGGUGACUCAGGUGUGCAGGAGCCCCACCUACUGCACUCGCUAUAAAGAGCACGAGCUGGACGAGCUGGACGAGCUGAGCCUCGAUGAAAUGAAGCACGUGUGCCGUAGCCUCCUGGAGCUGGAGAAUGACUUGCCCCCUGCGGAGCCCAAUCUGAAACUCAGGGCCGUCACAGAGGGCCCGUCAGACUUGGGGACCAUCACUCUUGGGGACACGGGUUCCCUAUACCGAAAUAUCCUUAGUCGGGAAAGGGAGCUUCAGCAGCUGGGCAUCACAGACUACCUCAGAAAGAACAUUGCCCAGCUUCAGCCCCCUGUUGAGAUCCAUGGUGAAGGAACAUUAAUGGAGGCAAUUAUGUACGCCAGGUCACGGAAGGUCCUGGUUGAACAGCCCAAAAAUGAGUAUUUUGAACUUAAAUCCAAUGUACGCACAGAGCCAGACUACCUUGAGGUAAUAGAGCAUCAGACUUCGGUAACCUAACUAAAAGCACAUUUUCUUGGUUUGCACCUAACACACAAAGUGCCUUUGCACAUAUAUAUAUAUAGGUGUCCAUAAAUAUAAGGUACAGACCCAUUUCUUUUGCUGCUUGUAAAUAAAAACAAUUAAUUACCAAAUUACGAAUAUUGAAUUGGCUCUGGUUGACUUUAUUUGCCAUUAAACAACAGAGCUGGAGAGCAGACUGGACAAUGACUGGGCAAAGGACAGCAUAAAACAUACUACAUCAUAAUUUGUUAAUUACUGUCCAUUUUAACUGAUAAAACCAAUUUGUUUCAUUGGUUUUAAAAUGUCAUAGGUCUGGGAAUAUUCAUUCAUCUAUAAAUAUUGCAAUUCGGUUACAUUAUGCUUCUGAAUGUUAGUAACCAUAUGUCUAUUUAUAAAAAAAGCACUUUGUUAAACUUAUACUUAAAUCUUUAUGUUGUAUUUGUAAAUGUUUAUGACAUUUUUCAAAAAAUGGCGCAUGGCAAUCAAAACACUCCUAUUGUUUUAUUUUGAAAAGCAAUAGCGAAUAUAGUCUAUAUAUAUAUAGAUGUAAAUAUUAUAAAUUAUUUUGUUUGAAAUGCAAAUGAUAUGGUCACGAUAGCUAGCCUAUAUUUUAUAUCCUGAUGUGUGUAGCCUAUUUAUUAUGUAGAGAUGUGUACUUCAUUUAUAUUUGUAUGUGUGCCUUUAAUGCUUUAUAUUUAUGCAAAAAAUAAUAAUAAUCUUUAAAAAAAAACCUUUCAUGAAUUAUAAAUUAUGGUUUUAUACACAAUUAGGGAUGGUAUUUAUCCAUUCUAAAACUAUUUAGGGCAGUACAAAAUAUUUUUAAGGACUAUAUUACUAUGCUUAGCUGUGUAUGUUACAAGUAAUAUGCAGUUAAAUGUUGAGAACUGUUCAUAAAUAUAAUGGGAAGUAAUAUUGUAGGAAAAAUAGCAAAUGCAAAUACGACAGUCACAUGAUACCUUAUGUUAUUUAUCCUGGUUUUAUAUAUUGUAGUACCUGCUUAUUUAUACUUGUGUCCCAUUUAUUUUGUGCUUCCAUUUAAAAGUACAUUAAAGGGAAAUUUUAUAUA